AUGUAUUCGGCUACCCUCGAUUCGCAGUCGUAUGUCCAAGGUCCGCCCACUCAACGCUUUCGAGAUAACCUUCGUAACGACACAAAGUACAUUACAUCGUGGAUUUCUGCGGGAUGGACGAAUGACGUGAUGACCUAUGGAAAUUUGAUUUACCUCGCACUCAUAACAGAGCGCAUACCCAUAAUCGCGAAGUUCACCCCUUCUCAUGUCGACAAUAGUGCACCUCCAUUUGCUUUUGGAGAAGUGAUUGACGUCCAUCGACUCAGCCAAGCCAUAGGGAGUCCCGUAAUUGAAUGGCACGAAGUGAAGGACUCGGAGAGUAAGGUUCUCGAUGACCUUGGCUGUUGGACUGUUUGGGAAAGCGUUCAAAAGCUAGAUCCCCGUCCCCGAGGAAGUCCUUCCCUCAAUUGGCUCAGGCUCGAUGUCUCGUGGACGCGAGCCCCAGAUUGGGUCAAGCUGACUGCUCCUGGCAUAAAAGACAACCAUGCUUCCUUUUGGUCCCUUGCAACACUUGCGUUUCCGGAGACUCGCUCGAACAGCCUGGAAUUAACGAAUCAUCCUUCUCCUCAGCAUCAGGUUUCCCUUUCCCCGGAUGAUCAGCUACUAUGCUUCGAUUACCUGUACUAUGUAGGCGCACAGAAUGCAUGGGAAUGGGAAUCGGACUAUUCUCCUGCAUGGAGAUUUGUAGGCCAACACAUGCACUGGAACGCGAGCCUCGAAAGGCUUGCCGAUGAACAUGCUCGGCGUGCUAUGAACGUGCCAGUAAAUGAACCAACACCACCCUAUAUAUCCAUCCACAUACGGCAUGGUGACUUCCGCAAUUACUGUAAUGAUCUGCCUUUGGACCAGUGCUUCGCUUCGUUGCCUGUCAUUGCGCGCAGGGUAGCCGAGGUGCAAGAGGAGCUGCGCACACAAAAAAGUAUCGAGGUUACACAAGUUAUUAUGACGAGCGACGAGCGUGACCCAGAAUGGUGGUCAGGGGUCAGGGCAAUGGGCUGGACGUGGGUGGAUUACGCAACGGAGCGGACAGAGGAGAUCUAUGGAAAGUGGUAUCCGGUGUUCAUUGACGCUGUCAUUCAGUCAAAUGGAGCUGGCUUCGUAGGUACUCAUGGCUCCACAAUGACCACCCUAGCCCGUCGAAGAGUGGAGUCGUGGCAUGGUGGACCGACUCGAGUCGUCAAAUGGGGCUCGCCGAACGCUGACGACCACUGAUACAAUCAGAUCAGUGGAAUGGAAGAUGAUCUUGCGCCGUAAAUAUUAUUGGCUAGAAUGGAUCUUUAUCGUUGCAUUUAUAGACUUAUCAUUCACAUGGACACACCUCAUGUACCAACCAUUUAUAAUGCACAUAUUGUAUGGAGCCCAGAUGUGAUUGACAU